GUGCUGCUGGUUAGCAGCAGUCGUCAUCCUGACCGAUGGAUUGUCCCUGGGGGUGGCAUGGAGCCCGAGGAGGAGCCCAACGUGGCCGCCGUGCGAGAAGUCUGCGAAGAGGCUGGAGUGAAAGGGACGCUAGGAAGAUUAGUGGGAAUUUUUGAGAAUCGGGACAGGAAACACAGGACGUAUGUUUACGUACUUAUCGUCACGGAAGUGUUGGAAGACUGGGAGGACUCUGUCAAUAUUG